AAAAAAAAAAAAAAAUAGAAACUUCCAAGAUGGCCGAGUCCGUGGACUCCAUGCAUUUCGCAGCAAACAGCCAAACAAAUUCCCCCCCAGCGCUGUUAGCUAAACUGCCACCGGAGAGCCGGCCGCAGUCUUCCGGCGACAUUUACCCGCCGCCCUCCAAGAAGAUCCGCGUGGAGGAGAAGCGGCCCAAGCACCGGAAGCUGAACGGAGAGGCGUGCGCAGGGGAAAAACACAACGGGAAGCCGAGUUGUGGGAGCCCAGCGAAAUGGAGUUUCGGCCCGGCGAAGGCGAGCCACUCCGCCGCCGCCUCUUCCUCCUCCUCCGCGGCGGCGGUGGCGCCCGCUCGGAAAAUCUUCAAAAUCAGCAACUUCCUCGCCUCGCCGCACAAGCAGAAGCGGGCGAAGGAGAAGCGACACCGGGAGAAAAGCAGCGAAGCGCCGCGCAGUUUGACGGCGGCCGUGGAGAAAGUCAGCCCCGCUAGCUGCCCCACAAAGCCCGAGAACGGCGACGCGACGACGGCGCAGAGAGAUCACAGCAAGGAGAAGAAGAAGGAAAGGAGCAAAGAGUGGAAGAACCACAAGUUGCCGCCACAACAUGACGUCUCCCAGGAGAAUGGAGACUUGUUCCCACCGCUGAAAGAGUGCAAGGAGAAGCCCAAAGCCACCACCCAGGAAGACCUCCUCCUCAAGAAGCUCAAAAAGAAGAAGAAAAAGAAGCACAAAGAUGGCGAGCGCGCCAAAGAGAGACACGGCCGCCCCAAAAUGUACCACCGCUCGUCCCAGACUGUUUACUCCGGGGUGUCUCUGGGUCUGUCCGAGUUCCUGAGUAGGAUUAACGGCAACAGCGGCGGGGGUCUGCACGACGCCGUUCACCAGCAGGAUCCUCCCUCCGUGGUCAGAGAGCGACUGGGCUACAGCUCGCCGCUCCACUGCACCCCGGCGCCGGGUCUCCCCGGGCUGGAGUUCGGCCACCUGAUCCACGUGGAGAUGCAGGCCAACGGAGGCGCCUCGGUGGCGCACGCCUACAACGAGCAGCUGGCGGGCCUGUCGCCGGCGGAGAUGCACCGCUUCGCCCAGGAGUUUGUCACGUUGUCGUUCAGCGAGGACGAGGCCCAGGCGGCGUCCUUCGUCAUGGGCAUCGUCCACGGGGCGGCGUCCUACCUCCCGGACUUCCUGGACUACUUCUCCUACAACUUCCCCAACGCUCCGGUGAAGGUGGAGGUGCUCGGGAAGAAGGACAUAGAGACCACGACCAUGGCCAACUUCCACGCUCAGGUGAAGCGCACCUACUCCCAGGGAACGUACCGGGCGGGGGCCAUGCGGCAGGUCAGUCUGGUGGGAGCCGUGGACGAGGAGGUCGGCGACUUCUUCCCCGAGUUCAUCAACAUGUUGGAGGAGUCUCCCUUCCUGGAGCGGACUCUACCCUGGGGAACCUUCUCCAGUCUGAGGCUCCAGAGUCCCACGGAGAGCGACGACGGCCCCAUCAUGUGGGUCAGACCCGGCGAGCAGAUGAUCCCCAUGGCCGAGAUGCCCAAGUCUCCCUUCAAGAGAAAAAGGUCCACCAACGAGAUCAAGAACCUGCAGUACCUGCCUCGGGCCAGCGAGCCCAGGGAGAUGCUGUUCGAGGACCGAACGAGAGCCCACGCCGAUCACAUCGGUCAGGGCUUCGAGCGACAGACCACCGCCGCGGUCGGCGUGCUGAAGGCCGUACGCUGCGGAGAGGACGGCGACACACCGGCGCGCGUCACCAAAGACGUGGUGUGCUUUCACGCCGCUGAUUUCCCGGAGGUGGUCAUGAGGAUGCAGCUGGACCUCCACGAGCCGCCGCUGUCUCAGUGCGUGCAGUGGAUCGACGACGCCAAGCUGAACCAGCUGAGGAGGGAGGGCAUCCGCUACGCUCGCAUCCAGCUCUACCACGACGACGUCUACUUCAUCCCCCGGGGGGUGGUGCACCAGUUCAAGACGGUGUCGGCCGUCUGCAGCCUGGCGUGGCACAUACGACUCCGGCAGUACCACCAGCACGAGGACGCGGAAAAGGCCAAGGCGUGCGACGUCGCGUUGCGCCUCAAAGAGGAGGAGUGUGACCACGCCCUUCGGACUGUGAUGAAGCAGGAGGAGGACGCUGUGAGGAGUAAAGAGCUUCCGUCAUUGCCCUGGAAGGAGGAGGAGGAGGAGGAGUGUGCAGCAGAACUAGAGGAGGUGAAGAAGGAGAAGGACCAUCAGACGCAACUGGUGUUUGCCAAGCCCGAAGAGGAGAGUGACAGCCGGCAAAGAGGCGGCGUGGACUCGCCCCAGGAAAGGGAGGAGGAGAGGCUGCAGAGGAAGAGUCCAAAAGAGGCUGACGUGGGGGCCUCCGUCAAGAAGGAGAAGGACCGGAGUAAAGACCGGAAGCACAAAGGCAAGGAGAAGGACAAGGGCGGCGUGAAACACCCGAGGGAGGAAAAGUCUCACCCCAAGAAGGACAAGGAGCACGGGGUCACGGGUCCGGGGGCCCGUGACGAGACGCGAGACAAACACAAGAAGGAGAAGAGCGGCCACCGGGCGGACGGCGGCGGGGCGACGCCGACGAAGUGCGCGGGCAGGGAGGACGCCAAGACGGCAUUGCUGAAGCCCGCCGUCAACGCUCAGGUCAGGAAAAAGGAGGAGCCGAGGAAGCGGCCCAACCCGGCCCCCGCCGCACGGACGCUCAUCACCUUCGACCUCUUCAAACCCGCCGAGGCCCAUCAGACUGUGGCCCUGUCCUUCAAGGCGCACCACCACCACCAUCACCACCACCACCACCACCACCACCAAGGGGGAGCGGCCUCCGCCAAGCCCGGCGACCGUCGAACACUGGUGCCCUUCAAGGAAGCCAAGGCCAAGGCCGAGGCGCCGCUUCAGGACCCCCAGGCGCAGCUCAAGACGCACAAAGACUGCCUGAUAUGAACGCCCGCUUGCCGUCUCCGUCCCCGCGGGCGCUCCUUCUUUCUCGUCGAACAGGAAGCGCUCCCCGAGAAUGUAAGCCGAGUAGCUCCGCCUCCCGUUUGUUUAGCGAAUGUACGCAGGGGGUCAUGUGACCCGCGUGUCAGUGCCUGGGCGCCUCCCGACGGUACGAGCCACCUAACACGCUUCCUUCCACACCUUCUGUUGUCCACAGCCUUUUUAGACGCAUCUGUAAAUGACCUACCAAAACUGUACAGCAUAAAUAGAUGUUAUUAGCACCAAUGUGAGGACAUGUAUACAGAAAUUGCAUAUAUUUUUUUGUAAGACGAGUUUUAUUUUCCAUAGAACUUAUUUAUAUCAUUUACUGUCUUGUUUUUAUUUGAGCCCGACGACGUAUGUGGAUACAACUCUCUUGUAAAUACAAUUUAUUUCCUAAGCUAAGACUUGGUAGUGUGAUUUAUACUCUUUAUCCGAACCUCAAUAAAUGGUUCCAAAAUA